GACCAAUAUGGCGACCAACGCAGGUGAGGAAAUUGUUUCUGAUGGAGAUCCUAACCAGGUUGUUCCGCCCAAUGAUGCAAAACAAGAAGUCUCGGAAGGUAAAGAACAGAAUCCUUAUGGUGACUUUGCAAGCGCCGAACCGCCUGAGCUGAUUCAGCCCGGUCCACCAGAAACGCGGAUGAAGAGAGUCGAUCCACGACAUCAAUGGAUCAACACAGAUAAAGCAAUACCUUACUUAUGUAAACUAUGUGACUACACUGCAGACUGUUCGGAGGCUUACCAGUAUCAUUGCAUGAGUCCACGACACAUAAAGCGUGCAAUUGAAGAAUUUAAUAUCAAGAUUCCAAAGAGACUAGAGGAGAAAGAGGAAAAAAAGCCCCCUCCUCAGUACAAUUGUCAGGUGUGUUUAGUAACAUGCAAUAGUGACUCUGCUUGGAAUGCUCACCUGAUUGGUCAAAAACACAGAAAGGCUCUCGAGAAACAAGGAGCUGAGAAAGCACAGCAAAAAGCCCAGGAGAGAGGUUUCAUGAACACAGCAAUGAACACAGGAUUCAAUAGGGGUGGCAGAGGAGGGGGUGGUCCUGUCAGAGGAGGGGCAUAUCUGCCUGGUCAUUCACGCAAACCUUAUGAAAAGCCAGUGCAUGCUGUGCAGCAGCCCAGCCUGAGUGGUCCAAUAGGAGCUAAAGACUUUGCUACAUACCCUGAGCCACUUAUUGGCCUGGAGUAUGUUACAGAAAUCCAGGUUAUAGGACAGAGUCCAAGAUAUCACUGUGAACUAUGUGACUCCAAAUUUGAUCACAACUUGAAGUUCCCACAUCUUGUUGGAAGCAAACAUCGUUUCAAUGUACUGAAAGAGAAGGUCCCAGAUGUAGCUCAGAGUAUCCGUGCGGGUGUCCAAAAGCGAUCAGAACUAUCCAGCAAACUGCUUGAAGAAGCACGCAAACUGGAGAUGAUGCUAGGUCGUCAACAAGUGAAAACUAGAGUUGAAAAGAGCCCUUUCAAUGUCAUCAACAACCAAGUAGCCAACAACCAAACAGUUACACACCAAAUGGGUAGAGGAGCAAAGCAGCCAUGGCAAAGUGCAAGAGGCAGAGGACAUGGUAAUAUGAGGGGUGGACAAGGAGCACAGGGAGGUUCCUUUGCUGGCCGAGGGCAGGCAACUAUGCGAGGAGGAAGAGGUGGGCAGCAAGGAAAUCCUCACAGUUACAACCAGCAACAGCCUACAGCAUCAAACCGUGGUGGAAGGGGUAGAACAAGAGUGUCCCCAGGUGGGAAAAGGCAGAAUCAGUCCUGGGGUCAGAAUUACCCCUAUUAUGAGAGUCAAACCAACCAGACAUUCCCUGCUGGAUCAUAUGGUGAAAAUGAUGAUGUUAGUAUAGAAUGGAACAGUGGAAGACAUGGAGAAGGGAAUCCAAUGCUACCCCCAGAGGCAUUCAAACCCAGAUCUCCACCUAGACUGGCACAGUACAAUGACAAUAGUGACGACUUUUAUGACAGUUACUAUGGAAACAACAGUGGCUCAAAUUAUGAGUUUAAUAGUCCCUAUCGUAAUCAAACCACAAGUGAUCAAAGGUCUGACCCAUAUGGGCAGAUGCCCAGUGCUAACGAGCAAAGGUUUCACUCGUAUGGACAUGCACCCACUACUGCCGCAGGAGGUGUGACUAGUGGCAGUAGCAGUGGUGCUGGAAGUGCUAGCAGUAGAGAUCGUGCUCCAAAUAACAUGAGCCUUCUCCAAGGAGCAAUUGAAGAUUUGGGAAAACUUGUGACCAGCGAGGAAGAUGCAUCAAUGGCCCUACAUGUGUCUAAUGCCCUUACACAGGCCUUACUACAGUUUCGCAUGAACAACUUACCAAAAGAGAGUCUCGGUGACAGCAACACAACAGGAGCAGUUGGUGCCGCAUCCACAAACCCUGGGACUUGAAUCCACUCGUGUUAAAGGACUUUAGAACUGUUGAACGCUGUAACUAAUUAAUUAUUUGGCACUCGUAUAUUUCACGUGUACUUCAGUGUAAAUAACAAACGCCAUAAGUUAUUAAGAAGAAGAGUUAAAUUUAGCAAGGUGACAUUUAAAAUUAAAAUUACUUAACUAAUAGUCGUUAAUAAAAGUCAGUCUAAUUUAAA